AUGGAUCCACUUGUUUUCCAUCUUCUUAUUCUUCUUCUCACAUCUCUUUUUAGUUGCCCAUUUGUGGUCAUUGCGCAAUCUCCUAAUAUCUCACGGAUCAGUGUAGUGGGAGUUGUUUAUUGUGACACCUGCUCAAGCAGCAGUUUUUCUAAAGAGAGUUACUUCUUGCAAGGUGUUGAGGUUCACAUACAGUGCAGAUUUAGAGCAACCUCACCAAAAACCAGCGAGCAGAUAAGCUUCUCAGUGAACAGAACCACAGACCAAUAUGGAGUGUACAAGUUGGAGAUACCACCAGUGGAUGGAGUUAAUUGCAUGGAUGGUUCAGCAAUUGUGUCAAUGUGCCAAGCAAGCUUGAUAAGGACCUCAUCUCCCAUUUGCAACGUUCCCUUUCUAAAGAGCACAACACGUGAGAUAUCGGUGAAAUCAAAACAAGACAACUUGUGUGUGUACACCUUGAGUGCUUAGUACAAGCCACCUAAGAAGAACACUACCUUAUGUGGUACAACUAGGAGCUCUUUCAACUCUUCAAAAUUCUAUUUCCCUUAUCUUCCACCUUAUGGAUUCCCAUGGCCACCCAUUCCUCAGCUACCGUUGCCUCCUUUUCCAUCAUUACCAAUCCCUCCCUUUCCCUCACUGCCAUUCCCAACCUUACCACCAUCUUUACCUUUUCCAUUUCCACCACUCCCUUCAUAUCCUCCAACACCUUCUCCUCCAUUCAAAUUAGGAGACCCUACCACUUGGGUACCUCAUAUACCUUCUCUUUCUCAUCUUUCUCCACCACCACCACCACCACCUGCUUUGAAUUUAGGAGACCCUUCAACUUGGAUCCCUCAUUUUUCUCCGUCACCUCCUAAUAAUAUACCCCAAAGCCAAAAUCCGUAA